CUUGCUCGCUCCAACGUGCGCUCGGCACCAUUCAAUCACCUAAUCUAACGCUGCCAUCACUUGAAUAGAUCUAUAUAUCUAUUGGACAGCAAAGAUCUUUAGCGCUUUCCUAGUUUUAACAUUGUUAUAAUCAUGUGUAUAUACUGAAUACUUAUUUACAAAAUAUUUACAUUCUAAUGAAACAGUUAUUUUUCUCUUGUUGGAUAACGACCAUUGUAUUUAGAUGUUAUUAGGAAUGGAUCCACAUUUGAUGGGGUCUCACUUGUAGUGGUAGAACUAUAGUGGACUCAUGUUAUUGUAAUUUACAUGUGGUGUUAUGGCUUAGUGGACUAGACUGAAAUUAUAUCAAGUGACCCUUUGACUACAUGGGGUGACGACCACGUGACACGUCUGAGAGUGACCUUCCGAAAGAUGUCGGCAAUAGACAAACAAGACCAAAAGAACAGGCUGUUUGCUGAAAAGGAAAAAUGUGAUUUCAAAAACUCGAAAACUCUAUAUCCGACGUCAGGAAAAUUCUGCAACCGAACAUGGGAUAACAUUGUCUGCUGGUCAGAUACCCCGGCCGGACACCUAGCAUCCCAGCCCUGUCCUCACUACAUCGAAAGGUUUGACCAAAGAGAAUUCGUUACCAGACGAUGUACUGAGAAUGGCACCUGGUGGGUGAAUCCAUUAACUGACCAACCAUGGUCGAACUUUACUGCAUGCAUAAAGUCUAAACAAUUGCGCUUGAUACCACAGUUGAUUGAGGAACACAUGCCAGGAAUCAAGUUAAUGUAUACCAUUGGCUAUUUGCUCUCGCUGACCACUCUUAUAUUAGCCUUGUCCAUCAUGGUCUAUUGCAAACGUCUGCACUGCGCUAGGAAUAUCAUCCACAUGAACAUGUUUCUGGCCUUCGGUCUGCGGGCGGUGUUUUCGCUCCUGAAAAACAUCCUAUUGGUGAAUGACUUGGGCUUUGUGAAUGAUGUGAACCAGACAGGAUCUGACUUCACAUUUGUGGAGUCUGGCACGCAUUGGGAGUGUAAGUUGUUCUUCACUCUCUUCUACUAUAUCAUCUUCGCCAGUGUGAUGUGGCUGUUCAAUGAAGGACUUUAUCUACAGCUCAUUCUCUCUGUAGCGGUCUUCUCGGAUAAAACUAGGAUGGAGUGGUUCCUCCUGUUGGGCUGGGGUACACCGUUCUGUUUUCUCUUGCCUUGGGUCCUGUGUCGAAUACAUCUGGACGAUAUGCUGUGUUGGAACGUCCAUGUGUACAAGUCUCUGUACUGGAUACUUCACGGACCAAUGGUGGCCUCUGUAGCAAUCAACUUUGUUAUAUUUAUCAAUAUCAUCAGAAUGUUAUUUACCAAGUUAAGAGCAGUCAACUGUUCAGAGUCAAAGAUGUGUCGAUAUAGAAAGCUCGCUAAAUCGACAUUAAUCUUGAUCCCUCUGUUUGCUGUUUAUUACAUGAUAUUUAUAUGGCUGCCGGAUGAUAUCAACCCCACAGCCGAACUAUUCAAAAUGUAUGUGGAGAUGCUGUUUAAUUCAUUCCAGGGAUUUCUUGUUGCAUUACUUUUCUGUUUCUUGAACCAUGAGGUGCAGUUUGAAAUACGCAAGACUUGGACUCGACAUCUCAACAGACAUAUAGGUGGGGGCAGACGAAACACUUUGACCAACCAUUCCUUCUGGGGCAGCAGCAGCAGGGACUAUCAAUCUCACGGCAACACCAAACCCAAGAAGAAGCUCUUCAGGAGGAAGAGCCAGCAGCCGCUGAGCGACAUCGCCGAAGAGCCUGUCUUAAGCUUGUCAACCACGAAAUGCAAAGCCCGAGGGAGCCUGCCAGACAUAGACCUUGAGCCUCUUCAUCUAGAGAACGUGAUUGUUACAGAAGAGUUCGAUAAAAUUGCCCAGCGCGAGCGUCAAGAUGUCAAUGUCUCGACUCGCAAGUCAGCGUAUUCGGCCGAUUUGUCUGCUGGGGUCAAUGGCCUUGAUCUUCUGAAUCACUCUGUCGUCAUAAGUAACGUUAACGCGGACAUGUCACGUGACUUGGCAGACAUCAAAGAAGACGAAGAGAACGCUAAUGGAGUUCUUCAACAUUCCCAAAUUGGGGAUAACCAGAAUGAGGCAAGCGAUUCACCAACCAGGCAAAGCAAUUGUGCUAUACUCUACCUUAAUGACAAGACCUGGUCAUCUGAGCUCCAACAACUGGUCACUGACUCUACCUCAGCAAAUGUAAAUAACAAGCUUAAAAGAACUAAUGGAUUAAUUACAUACAGUGGACAAUGUGUGUUAUGAUUAGCGCGAACUCCACCUUCUAGAUAAUCUGACUUUUUAAAAACCUUUUGCUUUAUCUAUCAAAAGAGAUAGUGAACCAGAUUUUCUUGCCAAUUAAAUAGUCUAAUUCCAAAAUGUUGUUAAAUUUAAAAUAAGAAACGACAAAACUAACAUCUACAACAAAAUAACAUUCCAAACAAAAUAUGGAUGGGUAAGGGGGUAGAUCCAAAAAGUGAGGGGCUAAUAAUAAAGUCACUGUUGAUGUUCUCAAUCAUGUCUCUCUUUGUUUUGCUCUGAAAACAGGCCAGUGACACUAUUGUGAGCUUCAUGUAAUUGAUGGAACAAAAUGUAUUUAUUUCUUCAUUAUUCGAUUAUAUUUAAUAGAAAGUUUGUUACUGAAAAGAUCCUAACUCAUUACGUGACAUUUGUUUAUACACAUGAUCUUCUCUGGAUAAUCUAAUUAUAACAGGUACUUGUAACUGAGUCUAUAUUCAGAAAUCACUAAAGUAACUUGAGUAAAAGUUAUCUCAAAUCAAAUUAAUUUGCGAUAAAAAGUACAUUGCUUUAGACCCUUUGGCACUGAACGUAGAUUUAAUGUGCAUCGAUUUGCAUCGACCAAAAUGUGCAUCUAUGUUAGUGAGUUGGCCUUGGUCAGUUUAUAAGGCAAGAAAUGACAGUUUGGCUUCUUUCUCAGCAUUGCUCUAGGUCAAUAUAACCUUAGUAGCACGUCCACUAACUAUUGGCUUUGAACUUUUACCUACUACAUUUCAUCCUCAAUGUUUACAUGUUCACAUUGGAAAGCCGAUUGAUUUUGUGUACUGUUGGAAGUUGGUAGGGAAAAUCUCAACUACAGCGGAGCUCUUUAUAUAUAUAAUUUUUUUUAACUUUGUAUACAAACUGUUAAUGUUUGUCAAGGAUAGUUGUAUAAAUAUGAAAUAAGGCCUGUGUUGAUGUAUUAUAGUGACUUCUGUCAAAGUUUGUCAUAAAUCAUUGUUACACUGAACGAAUGUUUCACCAUUCGUACUACGGAGAUGCACCAAUUGAACGUACACACUCUGAAACAUACAAAACACACACAAACAAAAUAUUACUACAGUUCAUGUGAAUGCAAGUGAUGAUGAAGGUUGUCCCUGGAUCAUUAAAUAAAAGGAAAUAAUUAACUCCAGGAGGCCAGAGAUUUGAACCUAAUCUCUUGGGAUUAUUCAAUGACGUCAUCAAAAAAUGCAUUCUUUUUCGUAUGUUUUUCCGUCCACUCAUCACAAUUACAGAAUCUCCGCUAUCUGAAAUAGUGUUAUAGGGCACACAAAUGUCUACAGUCGAUUUUUACCAGCGUCCCGUAUUGUAUUAAACCAAUCAGUAGGCAGGAGCGUACAAUUGCAGGGAGAGUUGUGGGGGUGCGCACUCCGUACCUCCCGAUUUCUUUUUUACUUUUGUUGUACCGAAUUGCAACUAAUGCAAGGCGGCAUAAGUGAAAAGGCAAUGUAAGGGAGAUAAUCUUGCACCGCCAUCCUCUUCACUUCACUAAAGCUUUUAACUUCACUUAUCGCCCCUAUUACUUUAGCAGUAGACAUCUUUCCUGCUCUACCAUGCUCAACACGCGCUAGUCCAGUGUCUGUAAUGAAUGAGGUGGGGGAGACUGGGGGAACGUCUACGCGCUGCAUCACUCAGCGACAGGUUGGGAUUCAAACUCGAGCUCCCUUGAUGGGUAACCAAGCGGUUUAGGCCACUCUAGUCACACAUUCAAGCAGUAGGUGUGAAAUCAUAUGUAGGAAAGGUAGAGUCUAUGACUUGUCGGUUGCCUGUGCCUGAUCAGUGGUCCUGGACACAGUACAAAGAUACAUUGGUUUAAAAUGAUGAAACUCUGAACCAGACCUAUGUCUUAGAGGAGUGAUAGAUGUUUAACUCAAACUUCAAGACUGCAAACUGUAUCAAAAAGACCAGAUCCCAAUCUUGACCUCAGGAUGUCUUUAUCUUUUCAUCGGAAUCACACUUCCCACACAAGCAUUACGUCCCCUGCAUCUGAUGAUAACGUUUGGGUGUACAGUAAUUUGAUACUAUUCAUGAAAUGUAUCUUGAUUCUUGCUAGAAUGAAAUGUUUCAUUGAUUAAAGUUAUUGUUGUUUAAAAUGU